GGAGCGAUGAUGCUGUUAUCUGUUAAUAGAGUCCUGUCCAUUCAACGCUGCUGCAGGAUUGUUGUCAUUUUUCUGUGGCUAGCCUUCAGCGCUAGUUUGAUUUUCUCUCCAACAUACUUUGAUCCAGCAGGAUGUUAGGAUGGAGUGUGGCCCAGUUCUGCCGGACAGCCUGGUGUUGGAGAUCUUCCUGCGUCUGCCCCACGAUGCCGUGCUAAGAGUUGGUCUGACCUGCAGACAGUGGCUGGCUGUCUCCAGAGAUGAGUUCCUUUGGAGGGAGCUGUUCUACAGCUACUACCGCAUACCACGCUCUGUACCCCGACACCCAGCGGCUGUGUCAUGGUUCAGGGAGUUCCGACGUCUGUUUGACUGUAUCCCCUGUGUGGAGGUUCAGACGCUGAGAGAACACACUGACCAAGUCCUCCACCUGGCUUUCUCUCACAGGGGUCACCGCUUCUCCUCCUGCUCCAAAGACUGCACCGUUAAGCUAUGGGACACAGAGCGGCCAGAUGGUAAUAUAUCAUUGGUGCACAGCUCCAGCAUGCGGCAGUUUAACUGGGGCUACACCCAGUUCUCCCAGUUCAACGCUGACGACACCCUGCUGCUCGUGUCCGGUGUCUACCUGGGCCCACACCACUCCUCGUCUGGGGAAAUCGCUGUCAUCAGUCUGGAAAAUUACACGCUGUUGUCGCGUGUGAGGAACAAGCCGUAUGAUGUGUUUGGCUGCUGGCUGAAUGAGACCCACCUGAUCUCUGGGAACCUGCACUGGAUAGGCAACAUGACGUCCUGCUCUGUGCUUUGGCUCAAUAAAGCCUUCCAGGAUGUUGAAUCAGAAAAUGUCAACGUAGUCAAGCGCCUUUUCAAGAUCCAGAACGUCAAUGCCAGCACCAUUCGCACAGUGAUGGUGGCCCACUGCCGUCGUCAUGACAACCCAGACUUGCUGCUGGACUACGAGGCUCAGUCCCAGGCUCGAAGGCAGAAAGGGCAGCAGCAGCACCAGCCCCUCCUCUUCGACCUGGGAACCUCGGGUAGUGACGAAGAAGAUGAGGAAGAGGAGGGGAGCGAGGAGAGCCAGAGGGAAGCAAUGCUCGGCACUUGCCGCCUUCCUCAGCCCACCAUCUCAGGCCUGGAGCACGUUAUACAGAAUCGUAAAGUAGGGCACACAGAGUUGGCGAUAGAGACUCAUGUGGCUAAGAUGAUGGGCAGAGCCCACACAAAGGCCCCUGACCUAAUUGAGCCUUCUGAGCCCGGGGAGGGACAGGACAAAACUUACUUACUUUUCACAACCGGUAGCCUUACAUACUCUCCUCACCAGAUAGGUAUAAAGCUAAUCAAGCCCGACCAGAUGACCACUUGUGGUCCAGUGCUCGGGGAAGAGCGGAGUUCAGAUGAGUUUUUUGAUUCCCUGGACCAUGUUAUUGAUAUCCAUGGACACAUCAUUGGUAUGGGCCUUUCUCCAGACCACAGGUACCUUUAUGUGAAUAGCCGGGCUUGGCCAGCCGGGUGUGUUAUCUCUGACCCCAUGUCUCCUCCUCCCAUUGCCGAGGAGAUCGACCUGCACGUCAUCGAUCUGAAGAGUUUGAGGGAGGAGAGAAGGAGCCUGCGUGCACACCGAGCCUUCACGCCUAACGAUGAGUGCUUCUUCAUCUUCCUUGACGUCAGCAGAGACUUUGUUGCUAGUGGAGCAGAGGACAAACACGGCUACAUCUGGGACCGUCACUACAACAUCUGUCUGGCACGUCUGGCACAUGACGACGUGGUGAACUCAGUGGCGUUCAGCCCCGCUGACCAGGAGCUGCUGCUGUCUGCAAGCGAUGACUCUACCAUUAAAGUGUGGCGCUCACCGCACAUGGUUCGCCUGGCGCAGGCCCCCUCCCGGCCGCUGAGGCCCCGCAGCCUCCUGCCGUCCUGGCUGGGACGCAACAAGAACUCAACGUCUGCCAGCAGUGUGAAUGGAAAACCAUGAGUCAGGUUGGAAAACACUUGCUGUGGGAAGGAAAGUUUGAUCUUUUUCCU